UGAGCAUCCACCAAAUAAAAACUCCAAUAUCACAAUUAUCAUUUACAAAAUUAUGGUAUUGACUUUUCAUACAGAAAAUUGUGAUUAUCUCGGUUCGUUAAUCACGGCAGCCGCCAAAAUUAGAGCCUUCAAUUCUAUUUCUCUCACUCUCUCAUAGUUGGAUAACUCUCUCUCUCUCUCAUAUAUAUAAUAUAUAUAGUUGGAUAGUAUUCUCAAAGGAGGUCAUAGAAAAAAUGGAGAAAGAGAGAAAUUCCUACAAACCACACAUCUUAGCAAUACCUUACCCAAGCCAAGGCCAUGUUAACCCUAUGCAUCAAUUUUGCAAGCGCCUAGUCUUCAAAGGUGCUAAAGCCACUUUUGCCGUAACCAAAUUCAUCCUCAAAUCCUUCAACCCAAAAUCCGACUCCGUCGUCAUCGACUCCAUAUCUGAUGGAUUCGAUGAAGGCGGUUUCGGACAGGCCGACAACGUGUCAGACUAUCUGACGCGUAUGGAACGGGCGGGCUCGAAAACCCUGGAGGAUCUCAUCCAAUCAUAUCAAAGCUCUAACCACCCCAUUGAUUGCAUAGUAUAUGAUGCCUUUUUGCCUUGGGCUUUGGAAGUGGCCCAAAAAUAUGGUAUUAAGGGAGCUGCUUUUUUCACUCAAGCUUGUGCUGUGAAUUAUGUGUACUAUUAUGCCCAUCAGGGGCUGCUCAAGCUUCCCGUGACGGCCGCUUCGACUCCGGUGGAGCUGCCGGGGCUUCCGCCGCUUGAUCUGCCGGACCUCCCUUCGUUCAUAUACAAGCAUGGGACAUAUCCGGCCUACUUCGAGAUGGUGUUGAAUCAAUUUUCGAAUUUGGAGAAGGCUGAUUUUGUGCUUGUCAAUACGUUUUACAAGUUGGAAGAGAAGAUCGUGGAUUCAAUGACAAAAGUAUGCCCACUUCUUACAAUUGGGCCCACACUCCCAUCCUCAUACUUGGACAAUCGAAUUGCCAAUGACAACAAAUAUGACAUAAACCUCUUCCAUUCAGAGCCUUCGACAACAAUCAUGAAUUGGCUAGACAAGAAGGCGGCAAGCUCAGUGGUGUACAUAGCAUUUGGCAGCAUGGACAAUCUCCCCAAAUCACAAAUGGAAGAGAUCGCAUGGGGAUUGCACCACACAAGCUUCCACUUCGUAUGGGUGGUCAGAGCUUCAGACAGAGAGGAAAAGAUCCCCAUGGAUUUCAUUGAGGCGUCACUUGAUAAGGCAUUGUUUGUGCACUGGAGCCCUCAGCUGGAGGUGCUGUCUCACAAGGCUGUGGGGUGCUUCUUCUCGCAUGGCGGGUGGAACUCGACGACGGAGGCGCUGAGCUCGGGGGUGCCCAUGGUGGUGAUGCCGCAGUGGACGGACCAGACCACGGACGCGAAGCUCGUGCAAGACGUGUGGGGCGUGGGCGUUAGGGUUAGGGUUGGGGAGGAUGGGCUGGUGGGGAGAGAGGAGGUGGAGGGUUGUUUGAGGGAAGUGAUGAGAGGGAAAGAGAUGAAGAUGAAUGCUAGUAAAUGGAGGGAUUUGGCUAAGGAGGCCGUGGAUGAGGGUGGCACUUCUGAUAUAGAUAUUCAGAACUUCCUGUCCAAGUUGACAAGUUUGAGUGGUGACCAAUGAUUAUUGUUGUUUAUUCAUUGCAUUUCCAUGUAUAAUAAUAUGUGUAUUAAUCGACAAUUAUAUGUUAGUAUAUAUGAAUGAUAUCAACACGCACAA